ACCCCCUAUUGUCUGCUACUGUGUGCACUUAGAGUUCAAUAGCAGAUGAGUAUCCACAUCAAAUUAUUGGCGGCGACUUGAAUACGAUGGCACAUUCGAUUGUACGACUUUCGCCUAAAUAUGCUCGCGAUAGAUAUCGAUUACUGUCUUUGGGCGAUACUGAAAGCAACUGGUUUGAUCGCCAUGUCAUGGCUGUCUACCGUGAUCCUCAACAUCAAUACAACCUUCGUUUAGCAGCAGCAGGCUUUCCUUUCUCUGUGGCGCCUAUUCGUGUGAUUCGGUUCAUUUGGCGUCUGUUUAACUCCUUAAAGAUAUUUGAAUGGGUGAGUGGUUUUGACGUCGAGACACUGAAAAGAGCACGUAAUCCUGGUUUCUAUGACCCAUGGGAUCCCGAUGAAAUCACACUUCAUAAUCCAAACUACUUUAAGCUCUUCAAGGCUAAAUUAGACUGGACUAUGGUGCGCUGUAUGGAUGUGCGACAGAAAUGGAUAGGCAAUCGUAAUUAUAGUAUGAGCGAUCAUGCUUAUUUAAUGGUCAAGGUGACUCCAGAUGCACCAGAAAAGAUUGAAAAUGUGCAUGAAGUAUGGAAAAUGAGACGUAGACAAUGGCAACCCAACGGCUCAGCACCUUAUUGGAGAACAACCAUUGGUGUAUCUGUCCUUAUUUUAGUUAUGACAGUUGUUUCUCAAUGGAUAAUCUAUUUGACUGGUGAACCCUUGAAAUUCUUGUUUUAAUUCACGUUUUGAUAUCAUUUCUCUUAUUCAUUUAUUCAUUUACUAUAUCUAUUCAUUUAAUUAAAGACUUUCAUAAAGAAAAGAAAAUGUUUCUGAGUGUUCAGGAUACCUUCUAUGAUAGUUAUAGACGGUAUAUUUA